CUUCUUUGAAAAACACUCAUCACUUCACAAGCCAAAAGAAAAGUAAAGAAAAGAAAAAGGAACGCUCUUCUCCUGCAUCCUCUUCUUCUUCUACUUCCACUACUGCUGCUGAGAUUGUUGUUACUAUAAAAGAGAAGAAAAAGGAAGUUUUUUAUUUAUUUAUUUGAGAGAGAGAGGGGGAGGAGAGAUGGGAGGGGUGACUUCAUCAAUGGCUGCAAAAUUAGCAUUUUUUCCUCCAAACCCACCAUCAUACAAGCUAGUUACAGAUGAUGCCACUGGUCUUUUACUUCUAGACCACUUCCCUCACCGGGAAAACGUUGAUAUCUUGCGUCUACCAACUCGGCGAGGGACUGAGAUUGUUGCUGUUCAUGUUAGGUACCCAAUGGCAACUUCUACUUUGCUAUACUCCCAUGGAAAUGCAGCUGAUAUUGGUCAGAUGUAUGAGCUCUUCAUCGAAUUGAGUAUUCAUUUGCGGGUUAAUCUCAUGGGGUACGACUACUCUGGCUAUGGACAGUCAUCAGGAAAGCCCAGUGAACAAAAUACAUAUGCAGAUAUUGAAGCUGCUUACAAGUGUCUUGAAGAGAGCUAUGGUGCCAAGCAGGAAAAUAUCAUCCUUUAUGGCCAAUCUGUUGGAAGUGGCCCCACUGUGGAUCUUGCUGCGCGUUUACCUCGACUAAAAGCUGUUGUAUUGCAUAGUCCUAUACUAUCAGGGUUAAGAGUGAUGUAUUCUGUGAAGCGCACAUACUGGUUUGACAUCUACAAGAAUAUAGACAAAAUUCCACUGGUGAAGUGUCCUGUGCUGGUAAUCCAUGGAACUGCUGAUGAAGUGGUUGACUGUUCUCAUGGCAAGCAACUUUGGGAGCUGUGCCAAGAGAAAUAUGAACCUCUAUGGCUCAAAGGAGGUAAUCACUGUAAUUUGGAGCUGUAUCCAGAGUAUCUUAGGCAUCUAAAGAAGUUUAUAACGACAGUGGAGAAAUCCCCGUCUGGAAGAAGUUCCGGUAGGAGAAGUGUAGAUGGGUUUGAACAGGCCAGACGAAGCACCGAUUGUUUUGAGGCCCCGAGGAAGAGUACUGACCGGAGGGAGAAGCCGAGGAAGAGCACUGAUAGGACUGAAAAAAUGAAAUUUCACGAAUUCAAGUUUACACACACAGACAAGCUAGAAAAGUUAAAGGUCUCCUUUGAGCACAUGGAGAGAUCACGGAGAAGCGUGGAAUAUUAUGAUAAAUCUAGAAAAAGUGUCGACGUACAGGUAGAGAAAGCACGGAAGAGUGUCGACUGGUUGGAGAGAAUUCGGUAACUAUACAAAAUCAUUUGUAAAAUUGGUGGUUUAAAUAUGCUGUAGGGGAGGGGAUAAGAAAGUAGAAAGGAAAGAAAAGGAUGGGGAAAUUAUUUGGGCAUUUUUUUUUUUUUGGUUUAAUUCAUGGUUUUCAGUGUGUGCCUUGCUUCUUGUUACAGAACUGUGUCAUGGAAUUGUAGAGCUUGUUAUACUAACCUCUAUUUGUUUUCCUUUGGUUGAAUGGAAAAUGGAGUUCUUUUAGUCUCA